AAUUGUAAAUGCAAGAACGGGGGUCCUUCUUUACAAUUGUGAACAUUGACCCUGUGGCGCGAAGAACAAGAAGUCGUCACUGCCUGUUUGAAAAAUUCAGACAAAGUUAUGGUCAGCAUCUGAAUGAAUGUGAUCGGAGUUCUUUGCAAGAAAAACAUACUGAGUUCAAUAGAAACAAAGACCCCUACAACUGGCAAGAAAGGACCAGAACGUUCCGAGCACUGUUGGAUGAUUUGAACAGACUCAGUCGUGAACAGCGAGUAACCCACAAGGAUCUUUUGACGUUGCUGAAAAGUCUGCACAGUAGCCCUGAUGCCGAUCACAAUCACCACGUGAAUAUUAUAUUAGACAGACUAGGUGCACAAGCAAGUAACUACGACUUUCCAGAGCCUGAACCCCAAAGUCAGAAUAACCACCAGGACCAUGAAGUAUACGGGGGGCCGCCGUAUCAUUUUCCGCUACGGGACGAAAGGGAACGUCUUCCGGAGCGCAGUCCUCCGCCUGGCCAUGUGUUCCACUUGUUGAGCUCUAUGGAUGAUCAACUGAUUUCAGAAAAGGAUUCGAAUGUUCCUACAUUGGAAUCAGAGAGUGACUCAGAUAUAGAGGAAGGAGAGAAUUUGUUGGAUUUCAUUGAAGACAACCAACCAAAUGAGGUCGAUAAGAAUAAUGCACCGGAAGGCGACAUUUUCAGCUGAAAUACAGGAUUUGUAAAAUCUGCGUAGAUAUAGUUACAUAAUAAAUAAAUUUCAUGUGUCCCAGAUCUGUAACUUUUUUGUUGCAGAAAGCUUACUGAAAGGAAAAUAAACAUUUAUAAAUACAUUUUUAUUUGCUUCUUUGUGUAUCUGAUUUUUAACUUCAAAUAAUUAACUCAUCACACUUGCAUAUCUGAAGUUCCUUAAAUUUAUUCAGUGCUAAAAUGGUGGCUACGUUCUCUGACUGCCAAUUAUUUUAGGGUAUCGUUUUUGCAUUAGAAGAGGACUGCUUUAGCUAUCUGCGAAAAACUUCCAAUUUCAACGUGUAGUCAAGUCAACCAAUUUGCCAAGGCUGUGACUAAAACCGAACUUUCAAAGGGUCGAAACGUUUUAAAAUGUUCUCCAAGAGACUGAGUUGAUUCGUAUAUGAGUUCAUUUAUAUGGUCGAACUCAUUACCGUUCUUAUAUUUUUUGCUUGGUAUUAUUUGCUUAAUUUUGAUGAAUUUUGAUGAAUUUAUAAAAUCGAAGUUUUAAUUUCUGCGGUCGUAUUUCUCAAAUUAUAACCAGUUUUGUUCGAACUCUUCAUGGGUGUUAUUAAUUUUCAACUAAAAAAAUUUCCAUUCUUUGUCUCUUGCUGGCUAUGCUUAAUCAGAUGAUGGCCUCAAAAGCAGUGUAACGCAGAAAAAUGCUAAAUUUUUUGUCAUGAAUACUGAAUCUGAUACAGUGGUUCUCUUGUUCAAUUUAAUAUUUAAUAUAGUUGUUUUUGCAGUACGGCAUAUAUAUCUUACUGAAAGAUCAUUGCUUGUUUCGAGUUGUGCUUCAUUAAGCUUUGGCUUUCAGUUUCAAUGUGAUGCCACCACAUUCACGAAUUGUCACACCCUGGGUAUUGGCGAAUAGAAGCCGGAAUAGAGGACAGCUAAUGCACCAAUUCAGGGCACAAUUCGGACAAAAUGGCCUGCCAAUACCCGACACGCUAUCACGAAGUCUCACGUUAUUAGUUGAUCAAAUAAGGGAUACGUUUCUUAACCCCUACAACUGGAAUGCGAGAGGGCGAAUUUUUGUAGAAUUUCUUUUACUCGUUAAUGAGCUUGAGAAGCACAAUCCUGGAGCAAUUAAUCUCCUCAAUGCCACAUACAAACUCGAUGCUGAGCAAACUGUCAAUCUCGAAGAUUUUGUAAGAGUUUUAGUUCAUCAAUUUGCAGGACUUGACAUCCCAGCUGCUGUUAUGACCCCCCUAUCGCCCAAUCAUUCGUCUCAAAACUACGUGGUUCAUUUUGCAGAUGCCCUCAUUCGUGACUUAACACCCGAUCCACUGCCUGGAAAAACUCCCCCUGUAUCCCCAAUUGCGACUGCUGGGCCUCCGGUCCCUGAAGGGGGUCCGCAAGAGGACCAACAGGUUUUGGAAGCGCAGGACGAUGAAGUUCUGCACGAGUUUGAUGUUGCUCCAGCGGCGGGUAAUGACACGGAUGGAAUUAUAACAAGAUAUGAUUCGAAUGCGUCACUGGAGAUGGUUCCUGGUGGCGAUAUGUUAGACAUGGAAAACAACCUACCAACGGAGGAAGAACAGGAAGCAGCUCCAGAGGGUGACGAUUUCACCUGAACCGCCGAUCGGUUCUAUAAACUGUUUGCUAUGAGGAAAUUCUGGUUCCGUUUUGUGAAACCUCGCUCGCGGACUAAAACUCUCUGUAAAAAAUCCUGCCGUAUAUCAUCCUCCAGGACUAAAAUACCCAUCAAUGGUACUGAAUUUUCAGGAAGGACUUUAAAUUCAAAUACGGGGAUUUAGUGAGGAGUUUGGUUUCACGUGGGAUUACAUCAUGGUAGGUAUAGUCCUAGGCCCAAUGUCAAACUAUAUGUCAGAGACAGCCCCGUCUCAAAGAUAUUUGGGUUGAUAACUUAAAACUUUGUCUGAAUACAAUUUUACGAGGUAUAAAUUUAUCAAUUUUGACGGAUAAUUUUGGUUUUAUAAUAUUCCUUGAUAAAAUUGCGUUUCUGUAAAUCUAAUACGUUAAAAAUAGCUCGAUAUCCAUCUUGUUUUCGUGCUGAUCAUAUGUGCCUUUGAAUGAAAACAAUCGAUUAUUACAUCAAAUGGUCUUAAAUUCGCUCUAAUUAUGAUUUGAUAUGAUCUAUCUUUUCACCUCUGAGCUGGACACUUUAUACCGAAAAAGACUCAAUUAUAUUAAGAGAAGUCUUUGAUCAUUUUGAAAUUCCAAAAUACUGACCUGUUCACUUAGUUGAAUUGAUAACUUCCAUAUCUAACUUGCUUCUCUUCUAUGGAAGUUCUUCUUUGUAUAGAAGUUGAUGUCUGAAAACUAUUUAGGUAGCCUAAAUUGGAAGUAAAAUCUCAUUUCUCGACAGUCUGUGUGAUUCUCGUCGGGUCAUAAACCACUACUUGGAAAUGAGUUGAAAGCGCGAUAUAUAAAAAGUAUUUAAGUACCAUCUGUAGCUUUGUAUACCGUAUUGUAAGUUUUCUUAUGAUAAUUUUGCUUUUGAUAUGCAAUUUGUGUAUUUUAUUUCCAGUUCCUAAGCUAUGAAAUCUUUAAUGCAAUGUAAAUAAAAUUAAUAUCUGAAUAAUAUAUCCUGCCUAGCAGCAUAUCUGUCCAAUUGCAUAUUUAUCUAAUCGAUAUUAAUUUACUCUUGGAGUGUGAA